AUGUUUGAGAUUGCUCAAGUCCGUCGUCGUCGAACUGAGCGUGGACCACGGUCCAAAAGCGGUUGCCGUACAUGCAUAUUGAAGAAGGUCAAAUGUGAUGAGAAUCGUCCGCAAUGUCAUCGCUGCGUGCGCCUCCAACUAGAGUGUGAAUGGCCCAUCCAGCCGCCUUCCCUAUCUUCUAGGAGACGGGGCCUCGGCCCUAUCAAGACUAGAGAUGCUUGGGCUCCUCAAACAAUCCUUCCAAAAUCACCCAAUCAAAGUAGCUUAAGCCACUUCCCUCAGGCUGAUGAGACGAGCGGUGACACAUCUACACCACUGGCAACUACCCAAUGUCAACGUCGAGACCUGUUUUUCAAUCCGGCAAAUCCAUCUUCACCUGAUCCAGUUGAAAGUGGUAUUGAUCAACCAAAUUUCUUGAGCACACCCAUAGCUACGGCUAUACAUGACCAGUAUGCGGAAUACCCAAUCGUGUUUCCUAUACAGUCACUUCCAUUGCACCAUUUCCUAGCAGGUGCGGGUGCUGUUCUUCUUCCUAGUCACGGAGCAGUCAAUCACGCCCCUUCUCUCGGUAUUAGUGAUUCACAAGCUCUACUUUUCCAUCGCACCGUGUUCGCGGCUCUUAAGUCCACCCGAAAAGCCACUUCAUCGGCACACUGUCUGUUCCUUAGCCUCGCACUACGAAAUGCCAUGAGCCUUCACUUUCUUCUCGCCGUAUCCCAUAACGAGCUGGCUUUACAUCUAGGAUCCUACAGGCAACCGCCUCAAGAGGCAUGGAAUCAUCUGCAACACGGCUCAAGGAUCUUUCUACAGGCUCUCAACCCUUUGGCUCCCUUGAACCAUGUAGGCACCCUGUUGUCUUUCCUAUACAUGUACAUGUUCUGA